ACCGACAGGAAGAAACUUUACAGUAUGAGCAACGACAAUAUGCAGAUAGACGAAGUCAACGAAGAGUUCAACGAUGUUGACGACGUUAUAAUUGAUAAUGUCGACCAACACCAGGAACAGCAGGUCAACCAACAGCAUCAACAACAACAACAACCUAACCAACAACAGGCACAUCUUUCCAAAGCUGAAAAACUGAAACAACGUCAACAAUCACUUUCAGCUGCAGCACUGGCAGCAGCAGCCGCCGCUCUGCAGGCUGCUCCUGAUCUCCCCAACUUGACACGUAAGGAUAAAACCCUCAAGGAAGUAUUGGACUUGAUGGAUGACGACUUUGCUCCAAUCAUACCUGAUGUAGUCACCGAUUACUAUAUGGCCAAGAACGGGUUUGAAACAUCAGACGUUAAAAUCAAGAGGUUGCUCGCGUUAGCAACUCAGAAGUUCAUUAGCGAUAUCGCCCAAGACGCUUAUGAAUACAGCAGAAUAAGGAACUCGAGUGCGGUGUACAACUCUCUGAAUCCGCAGGUUAGAGCUAAACAAUUAUUACAAGGACAGCAAUACGCCAACCAACAAAGUUUGGCUGGUGCUGGAGGUGCUGCUGGUGGACCAGAAGGCGGCGAGCAAGCGGCCGGCGGUGCUCAACAACUGGGUGGUUCUCAUUCUAACGCUGGUAACCAACAAGGAAAAAUUGUCUUGACUAUGGAAGAUUUAAGCAGUGCCUUGAGUGAAUAUGGAAUGAACACUUCUAGGCCUGACUUCUACCGAUAGAUUUGUGUGUAAAAUUAAUAUUUGUUACGUUUCG